UCCGCAGCUAGUACUGCCAGUUGUUGUCGGGCAGCCCGUGUGGAAGGUUCGCUUCGUUUGCUUUGCGCGGAAGACCCACAUCGAUUUGAAAAUAAAAUUUUGCCCAAAAACAAAAUUGGUUUUUUCAAUUGCAAAUCAUUACAUGAGAACCAAGAAGAAACCGCAAAGAAAUACGACGCGACGUGCUGCCAAUAAAAUCAAUCUAAAUAAAAUAAAUAUCUAAAUGAAAAAUUAACUCAAAUCUCAACUCAAAAACUGCAACAUUCCCCAUAAAUAAUAAGCAAGCGUUGCAGUUAAGUUAAAUCCAACCGCUAAAUCCAACGAUCCAAGCCGAGAGCUUGGCAACAGCAACAAACAUUUACAGCUCAAAAUCCUACGGCUUAGACUAAGUUAAAGAACGGAAAAUGCUCAUGCACACCACAUCCACAUCGAUAUCCGCAUCCACAACGUCGACGGCGACCAUGACCAACUCGUCAUCCUCGGCCACGCCCACCCCGGGCUCGACCUCCUCCAACAACAGUGCCACGCUCGAGACGCUCCACCAGCAGAAUCAGCAUCAGCAGCAGCUGCAACAACAAUUGCAGCAAUUGCACACGAAUGCAGCGAACAACUCCCGUCCCCCGUCCCGGGCACCGUCCAUACUCGACAGUCCGACACUGGCGCGUGUGGAGCGGGCACGUCUGCGGUUGGAGCAGCAGGAAAGGGAGCGGGGCCGGGAGCGGGAGCGUGAACGAAGCAGCCAGAGGGAGGGGGGAAGCUCCGGCACCGGCAGCACCGCCACAACCAUGAAUCGUGAAGAUAGCCUGGAGCGCAGUGUUUUGGAUCCCAAGAAAGAGACGGCGCCGUGGCAUCAGAUGUGGACGCAUAUGAAACGCCUCUCGCACGCCUCCAAAGUAAAUUCGACGAACAGCCUGACCGCCCAGAAAACCGAUGUGGGCGUGGGCCAUCCCCACCAGAACCUGACACCCAGUGCCGCGUCGGGGAAGCCAACAAACCCAGCAGCCACAUCAACGCCUGGGAAAUGCAUUCUAUUCCCGGAUAAGACGUCCUCCCUGAAAAGCUCUAUGUAUACGCAACAGGUGUACUUCAGGCCCGAUAUGGUGAGUUCUAAACACGAAACAACUUUGUUAAGACGCAAGCAAGAUCAAUCCUUGCUGGCAGGACGCAUUCCGGUGGCCUCCAUGACAGGACCCAUUAAACGUGGACUGCUCUGGCAGCAGAGGGAUCGCCUCUUCUCGCGCUGGAAGGAACGAUACUUUGUGCUCACUCGUGACUACUUGCACUGCUUCAAGAGAGCCUCGGGAUCGGCCAAUGAACGAGCCUCGGAUAUGGGACAGUUUAUCUUUAAGGUCAAACUGGUGGACGUCGAGAAGGUGGAAUGGCUGAAUCGUCGCUCCUACAGCGCCAUUGGACUGUUGUUGGGCCGCGAGGGUAGAGUUCUGCUCCGCUGCGACGAUGGCCUCGAGGACUGGUUCGAGCUGCUGGAGGAAUGCACAAUUACCUCCAAGGAGCGAAGGAAGGCCUUGAAGAUUGCCCAGGGCCCCCGUUCCCGUGCCUCUCUCGCUGCCCCCGUGUCGCACGCCUCGCUGCAAUUUGGGCUCGGCGGCACCUACUCCAGUGCAUUAGACGACUGGCUGAUGACCAACGGGACUGGCGGUGGCUUGGCCCGUCACAAAAUCGGGGCCGGCAGCCUGAACGGAUAUGCCGGGGCCAACCCCUUUCUGUUCUCCGACUCUGUGCCGGAUCUGAGUGCUUUGAACAAUGAGAACCACAACCACCAUAUGAGUGGCAUCAGCACCAACCACUCGACACCCCAGAAGAUACCGCACCACAGCAAUGCGAAUCUCAGCCGGUACUCCAACGGCUAUGCCUCGGCCCAGAACAGUUUCACCCAGGGAAGUGGCGCCUUGUACGGUUCGCCCAGGCGGAUUUUUAUCAACAGCAGCUUCGGCUCCAACCAAGUGGUGGACGAGGAAACCGAGGAGUCGGAGGUUCAACUGAGGCGGCCAAGACUGUUCCGAGGCGUGAGUGCCACUCCGGAUAACGGUAACGAGCUGGACAGGGAUUGGCUGUACAGGAAGCCCAGGGCGCCCACUGAUAUGAGGCACUCAGUCCAACCCAUGUUGCCCACUGGCGGUGGCAGUAAUAUGGGCCUGGCCAAGGCGGAGCUGGACGGUUCCGCUCAUGAUAGCGGCCUGGACACGCCCCCGUCGACGCACCGCCCAUCUAGCUACCGGGAGGCGAGCAGGGACAGCACUGAAACCAAUGGCAGCUCCUCCCGCGGCACCCUCCUCAACAACUCCUCGCCCGGUGGCAGCUUCCGGGCCAAGAAACUGAGCAGCCAAGUCAGCAAUCUUAACCAGCUGAAUGCUCUGCACGGCUCUCGCUACUCUGUGCAGGAUCAGCGCAUCCUGAAGAUGCGCAACAACGAGGAGGACCGCUGUGCCUCCAUCAAGAUGGCCAAUCGUCUGAACCAGAAUCACGAACAGCUGCCACAACAAGCCUCCUACGAUCCGAACCAGAAUCGGUACUACAAGAAUGGCAAUGCCACGCCCCCCACUUCGCUGACGCCCCAGCACACGCCGCAGCACAAGCUGCUGAUGAUGCACCACGGAAACGGGAAUGGCAAUGGCGGCACCCUGAACGGCAACAGCAUCGGCCCUGGAUCGGACCGGAUGAACGGAUCGGCUAUUUUCCGGGAGCGCUACCAGCAUCCGGCCUUGGCCGCCAUCAUCAACGAGGCGCAGGGCCUGAAGUUCAGAGAAGAAUCGGAAAAUAUAUGGUAAACUCCUGAACCGAAACUCGAAACUGUGCAUGUAACUCAAGACGUUCCCCCAAAGCAUGACAAGAUCGGGCAGAACACGAGAUAUAGAAAAGCUAUAUUAAUAAAGAGACCCUUUCCGCAACUUGUAGAGCGCGCCUUCUCGGACAGUCAGCAGCGCCGCCUCAACAACAACAAUGGACCCACCCCCCAGCCAGCCUCGCCCCUCGCCCAGCGCCGGAACAAUCCCGGACUGGGGUCCGGAGUCGGGUCAGGAGCCAUUUAUGGUACCCCUACGCGAGUAUAGCGCCUAAAGGUCUAAGGAUAAUCCAAAUCGACGGAGAAUGGAUUGCUCCGCGUAGUCUAAAAUUCAUUGAGCCGUAAAUUAGUCAACUUAAAGGAAAGUGCGAAAUUAUUUGCAUAGAAAAUACAUCAACGAACGUAGAAAAUAACUAUUAUGUAGUAGUACUCUUAGUGUGUGUGCUCCAAUGUCCAGCUUUAUGUAAAUGUUUAAAUAAAAUAUACCUUAAAGAAAUUACAAGAAAACUAAA